CAAUCGGUUCACACUCACCAUGUCGAUUCGGCUCAUUUCUCGGCUCCUGGGCGAAGAAGCGCCACUCGUGGUCUCCAACGCAGACCGAUAACAACUUCAUCGUUCCCUCUCCGUUGUCUCCGUUUCCUCGCCUGGUUCCUUCGCGGCGGACGAAGACAAAGAAGAAACGUAAGGAAGCGGGGUGGAAGCGAUGAGCGGUCACGACUCCAAAUACUUCUCCACCACCAAGAAGGGAGAGAUCCCCGAGCUCAAGGAAGAGCUCAAUUCGCAGUACAAGGAUAAGAGAAAAGAUGCCGUGAAGAAGGUGAUAGCUGCAAUGACUGUUGGGAAAGAUGUUUCAUCAUUGUUCACAGACGUUGUAAACUGCAUGCAAACAGAGAAUCUGGAACUGAAGAAACUUGUCUAUUUGUACCUGAUAAACUAUGCAAAGAGUCAACCAGAUCUUGCCAUACUCGCUGUGAAUACAUUUGUUAAGGACUCACAAGACCCUAAUCCUCUGAUCCGUGCCUUAGCUGUGAGGACAAUGGGCUGCAUCCGUGUUGACAAAAUCACAGAAUACCUGUGUGAUCCUCUUCAAAGAUGUCUAAAGGAUGAUGAUCCUUAUGUCCGAAAGACAGCAGCAAUAUGUGUAGCUAAAUUAUAUGACAUAAAUGCUGAGUUGGUGGAAGAUAGGGGUUUCUUGGAUACACUCAAGGAUUUGAUAUCUGACAACAAUCCAAUGGUUGUAGCAAAUGCAGUUGCAGCACUUGCAGAGAUCCAGGAAACUAGCAGCCAACCGAUCUUUGAGAUUACUAGUCAGACACUAUCAAAGCUUCUGACUGCUUUGAAUGAAUGCACUGAAUGGGGUCAAGUAUUCAUUUUGGAUGCUUUAUCAAGGUAUAAAGCCUCUGAUGCACGAGAAGCUGAAAAUACAGUAGAGAGAGUAACCCCACGCCUUCAACAUGCAAAUUGUGCUGUUGUGCUUUCUGCUGUCAAGAUGAUCCUUCUCCAAAUGGAACUGAUAACUAGUACUGACGUGAUUCGAAAUCUUUGCAAGAAGAUGGCACCACCUCUGGUAACUCUUCUUUCUGCAGAACCAGAAAUUCAGUAUGUAGCCUUGCGCAACAUCAAUCUUAUUGUGCAGAAAAGACCUACAAUACUUGCACAUGAGAUCAAGGUUUUCUUUUGCAAGUAUAAUGAUCCUAUCUAUGUUAAGAUGGAAAAAUUGGAGAUCAUGAUAAAGCUAGCCUCAGAUCGAAACAUAGACCAGGUUUUGUUGGAAUUCAAAGAGUACGCCACAGAAGUAGAUGUAGACUUUGUUAGAAAGGCCGUACGUGCAAUUGGACGCUGUGCCAUCAAGUUAGAGAGAGCUGCUGAACGAUGCAUCAGUGUACUGCUUGAGCUGAUAAAGAUAAAAGUCAACUAUGUUGUGCAAGAAGCUAUCAUUGUCAUAAAGGAUAUCUUCCGACGCUAUCCUAACACCUACGAAUCCAUCAUUGCGACAUUAUGUGAAAGUUUGGACACAUUAGACGAGCCAGAGGCUAAGGCAUCAAUGAUAUGGAUAAUCGGUGAAUAUGCUGAAAGGAUUGACAAUGCUGAUGAGCUCCUUGAGAGCUUUCUAGAAACUUUCCCUGAAGAACCUGCACUAGUACAAUUGCAACUGCUCACUGCAACGGUCAAGCUGUUCCUUAAGAAGCCAACUGAAAGCCCGCAGCAGAUGAUUCAGGCUGUUCUUAAUAAUGCAACAAUGGAGACAGACAACCCCGAUUUGCGUGAUCGUGCAUACAUUUAUUGGCGUCUCCUUUCUACUGAUCCUGAGGCUGCUAAAGAUGUUGUUUUAGCUGAAAAACCAGUAAUCAGUGAUGAUGCAAACCAACUUGAUCCCUCACUUUUGGAUGAGCUUCUUGUAAAUAUUGCCACCCUUUCUUCUGUUUACCAUAAGAUACCAGAUGCUUUUAUAAGCCGUGCAAAGUCAGCUGCAACUAAACCAGAGGAUGAUGAUUUUGCUGAGGGAGGAGAAACAACUUAUUCUGAGACACAGUCUCAUGCUAUUGAUGGUACAGGUGCUUCUCCUAGUAAUGUUUCUCAUGCUGAAACAAGACAGCAGGCACGAGCAACAGCUGAAAUCUCUGCGCCUGUGCCAGAUGUAUUAGGAGAUUUAAUUGGUCUUGAUAAUGCUAUUGUGCCUGUAGACCAGCCAACAACACCUACUGAACCUCCCUUACCUGUAUUGCUUCCUGCAUCUACUGGACAAGGUUUACAGAUAAGUGCACAGCUGAUUCGCCAAGAUGGCCAGAUAUUUUAUGCUAUAAUGUUUGAGAACAACACACAGGUUGUAUUAGAUGGAUUCAUGAUACAGUUUAACAAAAAUACAUUCGGUCUUGCAGCUGCAGGGCCUCUGCAGUUCCCGCCGUUGCAACCUGGAUCUUCAGCGAGAACCCUUCUUCCUCUAGUUUUAUCCCAGAAUAUCUCACCUGGCCCUCCUAGCACACUUUUGCAAGUUGCAGUUAAAAAUAAUCAGCAGCCAGUCUGGUAUUUCAAUGACAAAAUUUCACUGCAUGUUUUCUUUGGCGAAGAUGGUAAAAUGGAACGCACAAAUUUUCUUGAGACAUGGAAGUCCCUUCCAGACACAAAUGAAGUGGGGAAGGACUUGACAAAUUCCACCAUCAACAAUGUUGAUGCUACAAUUGAACACUUAGCUGCUGCCAACGUCUUCUUCGUCGCAAAACGAAGGAAUGCCAACAAAGAUCUGUUGUACUUGUCAGCCAAAAUUCCUCAAGGAAUUCCUUUCCUCAUAGAGCUUACUGCUGUUCUUGGUAUUCCCGGAGUAAAAUGUGCAGUGAAGACACCAAGCCCAGAUAUGGCAGCAUUCUUCUUUGAAGCCAUGGAGACCUUGCUGAAGUGAUAUCCAAUAUUCUUUUUAGAAUUUAAAGUUCAUGUUGUUUUCCCGGUAGUAGAUCUUUGUUAUUGCGAGUUAGUGUUUAUUUUGUGAAGCAAAUUGAUUUUGACUUGAUAUUACAUGUUGACUUAACUUCCUCAUUCAAGUUGGAAACAUUUCUGAUUCAUAACUGUGAGAGAAAUAUGGGCAUUUGGGUUGGAAAAUUUUCA